AUGACGAAGACUCCCCAGGAUUUGAAUAUCGCCAUUUUGGGCGCAGGAAUGGGCGGAUUGACUUCUGCCCUUGCUCUCGCCCAGCAGGGCUUUAAGAAUAUCGAUGUCUACGAAAGUGCCAGCGAUCUUGGAUUUGUUGGCGCUGGUAUUCAAUUGGCCCCCAACAUGGCCCGGGUCCUGGAUGGACUCGGCGUUUGGAAAGGAAUUGAGGCCGAGGCUGUUAAUAUUGAGGACACAUCAGUGCGAGAUGGUGCAACGGAUACUGAGCACGCAUACGUCGAUUUAAAAUAUAUUGAAGCAACAUACGGAUAUAAGCACAUGGUUGGUCAUCGCGCUUCUCUUGCCAACGGACUCUACGAGGGCUGCAAGAAACAUCCCUCCAUUAAGUUCCAUUUCGGAAUUAACGCCGACAAUGUGGAAUCUUUCGGCCCCAAGCCAUCAUUCACUGCGAACCCGCGUGCCGAGGGGGCCGCUCCUUACAAGGUGGAAUGCGACGUUCUUCUUGCAGCCGACGGCAUUAAAAGUGUGACUCGUGUAGAGAUGCUGAAGCGUCUGGGUGUCGAUGUAGGUGUCAAAGACACCCAACAGGCAGCAUACCGAAUCAUGAUCCACAAGGACCAGAUCAAGGACGACCCCGAACUGCUUGUGCUCAUUAACAGCAACCGCGUUACCAGAUGGAUUGGCGCAAAGCGUCAUAUCAUCGCCUAUGCAGUCUCCAACAACACCAUCUACAACCUCUCCACCACCCAGCCUGACACCAAUUUCGCAGCCGCCACCAACGCCACUUACACAACGAAGGGUUCAAAGCCCGCCAUGAUGGGCGUAUUCUCUGAUUUCUGCCCCAUGGUCCAGCGCAUGUUGAACUAUGUCCCCGAAGGCGAGGUCUGCGAGUGGAAGUUGCGUGUCCACGACCCUCUACCUACUUGGGUGCACGACUCCGUCGCUCUGGUCGGUGAUGCCUGUCACCCGACCUUGCCUCAUCUAGCUCAGGGAGCCGCCCAAGCCAUCGAGGAUGGUGCAGUUCUUGGUGUUGUUCUUUCUCAACUUCCCGACACUACUCCCGAGUCCAUCAACAAAGCUCUCCGAGUUUACGAGAAAGUCCGAAAGAGCCGCGCCGAGGCGCUGGUGGAAAUGGCCACCGCCUCUGGCCGUGCUUUGCAUUUGGGCGAAGGUGCUGCCAAAGAGGAGCGCGAUAAGCAGUUUGCUGCUCUUCGCGCUGGAAAAGGCCCUGUCCCUGAUAAGUGGGCUGACGCUGAUGUGCAGCGGGAGAUCUACGGCUUCGACUGUACGAAGGUCGCCGCAGAUAAUUUUGAUGAAUAUUUCUCUCAAAUGUAA